AUGGAAUUGUUUGAGGAGUUUAAAGUUGAAUGGAAAAAAACAGGUUGCUCAAUUAUGUCAAAUGGAUGGACUGAUAAAAAGAGCCGUUUAAUUUGCAGUUUCUUAGUAAAUAGCCCAAAGGGAACAAUUUUUUUGACCUCAAUUGAUACAUUUGAUUCUAAAACUGCUGACAAAGUAUUUGAGAUGUUCGAUAUGAUAGUGGAGAAAGUUGGAGAAGAGAAUGUGGUGCAAGUUGUAAUUGAUAAUACUGCAAAUUAUAAAGUUGUAGGUGAGAUGCCAAUGGAGAAAAUGAAAGGGUUGUAUUGGACUCCAUGUGCUGCCCACUGUAUUGACUUGAUAUUGGAAGAUUUUGAAAAGAACAUCAAAGUUCAUGUUACAACCAUUAUAAAAGCUAGGAGGAUAUCAACCUACAUCUAUUCAAAAACUCUUCUCAUUUUUAUGUUAAGACAUUUUACAAAAGGAAGAGACUUGAUAAGACCAACUGUUACUUGCUUUGCAACUACAUAUUUGACUUUAGGUGCCUUGAUGACAAUGUUCACUUCAAAGUCAUGGGAGUUUAGCAGCUUUGAGCCAAUUUUGGAAAUUGUUGAUGAAAGAUGGGAACUUCAAUUGCAUAGGCCAUUACAUGCUGUAGCAUAUUACUUGAACCCUUAUUAUCAUUAUAGUCCAAAUUUUAAAGUUAGAGCAGAAAUAAAAAUUGGACUAUAUAAAUGCAUUGAAAGAAUGGUUAAAGAUUCAGAUGAAAGGUGCAAAAUAGAUAUGCAAAUUGAGUUAUUUAAGGAUGCAAAAGGAUUAUUUGGCUUUGAAGCUGCUAAGCUUGUAAGGGAUAAAAAUGCUCCAGCAAAGUGCUCUUUUGGAUGUGAACGAAAUUGGAGUGCAUUUGAUAUGGUUCACACAAAGCGAAGAAAUCGUUUGCAUCAAAAGAAGAUGAAUGACUUGGUUUUUGUAAUGUAUAAUUUAAAGUUGAGAAAUAAACAAUUCAUAAAAGAUGAAGUAUCAUUUGGCGUUGAUGAGCUAUCCUCAGAUGAUGAAUGGAUAACAGAGGAAUCUAGCCUCGUUUUUUCCUCCAAUGGUAGUAGGUUAGAUAUUCUUGAUGGUGCAACAAGGAUGGAAAGUGGUGAAAGUGAAGAAAUUGGUGAAGAUAAUGUAGUGCAUGACCAUGACAACAAUGAUGAUGAAGAACCAUCAAAGCCUUUAGGAGGUUUAAAAUUAGGUGGUAAUGAUAUUUUUUAUAAUAUUAGUGAUUGUGAAUUAGAAGAUGACACUGAUUUUGAAGAUGCUGAUGAUGAUGGAAGUGGUCAUAGCUUGGAUGAAGAUUUAAAUAUUUCUAUUAAUGAUUUAUUUUACUUUGUAUUUUGUGCUUGUAAUGUAAAAGUUUAA